CCGACUUAUUUUGAUUAUGGAUCCAUAUAUGGGACUGUCAACGGAACUAUAGCCGGUAAUACGCUCGUUGCCGGAUCAUCCGAAUCAUCUAAGUCAAAAAGAGAUCGGGAAAAGUCCUUCGAACGACAAUCAUCCAAUCUGUUUUUGCGGAAAUCAGAAAUAGAACAGGAUAUUUCUAACGAAACGGGCAACGAGAAGGGCGAGGUCGAUCAUGAAUUACAAGAUUCGGAUUUGGAUACAGCAGAUAAUGAGGAGGCGAUCGAUGAUCAAGGAGAG